AGCCUGGAGUAGUGCUUGGCUGUGUCCCUCCUGAGCGCUCCCUGGGCAAGGACGAUGAUCACAUUCAUGAACAACUCGGACAGUGAGGAGGAGCCCUGCAAUGAGAGAACAUCCCUGAUGUCUGCAGAGAGCCCGCCGGUACCCUCCUACCAGGAUGGCCUGCAAGCCUCAGAAGCAGGGGAGGCGCAGGCACACAGGAAGAGGCGAACAGGUAGCAGCCGUAGCCCUAACAAUGUUGCUGAUGGACAAGGGUCUGACUCGGGUGUUCCAGUGAGAGAAAGAGCCUUGGAAAACGAAGAGGAGGAACUGACUCUGAAAUAUGGAGCCAAGCAUGUAAUCAUGCUCUUUGUGCCUGUCACCCUUUGUAUGAUUGUUGUCGUCGCCACCAUAAAGUCAGUGCGCUUCUAUACGGAGAAAAACGGGCAGCUGAUCUACACCCCUUUCAGUGAGGAUACCCCAUCUGUAGGCCAGCGCCUCUUGAACUCGGUGUUGAAUACCAUCAUAAUGAUCAGCGUCAUCGUUGUAAUGACCGUGUUCCUAGUGCUGCUCUACAAGUACCGCUGCUACAAGUUCAUCCAUGGCUGGCUGAUCCUGUCCUCUUUGAUGCUGCUCUUCCUCUUUACCUACAUAUAUCUUGGUGAAGUAUUGAAGACGUACAAUGUGGCCAUGGAUUACCCCACUCUGUUCUUAAUCAUCUGGAAUUUUGGAGCUGUUGGAAUGAUUUGCAUCCACUGGAAAGGUCCUUUGCAGCUCCAGCAAGCAUAUCUCAUUAUGAUCAGCGCUCUAAUGGCACUGGUUUUCAUUAAAUAUCUGCCCGAGUGGUCAGCAUGGGUGAUUCUAGGUGCAAUCUCCAUCUACGAUCUGAUGGCUGUUCUCUGUCCCAAGGGGCCACUGAGAAUGCUGGUAGAAACUGCACAGGAGAGAAAUGAGCCUAUUUUUCCUGCAUUAAUAUAUUCCUCUGCUAUGAUAUGGACAGUUGGAAUGGCCAAGUCGGACGCAGCAGCGAGAGCAGCAAGUCGGCAGACGUGGGAUGCAGCUGAGGAUGGGGGAGAGAACCGUAGGAGCCCUUCACAUGCAGAUUCCCAGAUGCCGGGGACGAGGAAUUCUGAUCCAGCCCGCCCCAUCACUUCUGCAGAGGAGCUUGAGGAGGAGGAAAGGGGUGUGAAGCUGGGCCUUGGAGACUUCAUAUUUUACAGUGUGCUUGUUGGGAAAGCAGCUGCCACAGCUAGUGGAGACUGGAAUACCACGCUGGCCUGCUUUGUAGCCAUUCUGAUAGGUUUAUGCUUAACUCUUUUAUUACUGGCUGUUUUUAAGAAAGCACUGCCUGCUCUUCCCAUCUCCAUCACCUUUGGCUUAGUCUUUUACUUCUCGACAGACAACCUUGUGCGACCAUUCAUGGACACCCUGGCCUUCCACCAGCUGUAUAUCUAGAAGUGGGAGUCAGAGGAUUCUUUAAAGCUUUGCUGUGGAGUAUGGUACACUGUUUGGAAUAAGUCAUAAAGUUUUACACUU